AUGAGGUUUACAGAUCGACCGGAAAACUUGACUACUCGUGAAUACAAUAGAAAAUCUCCUUGUCGCCUAAUAUUUCUCCUAAAGUAAAAUUUACUAGUUCCAUAAUAAAUCUUAUGUCUCUACAUCGUUCUUGUAUUAUGUUCCCUUAAUUCCUUUAAAAAUUUGACGAUUUUAGGCGCCACCUUUGUGAGCGAGGACAACAAGGCAUUGAAUCAGUUACACUCUGCUGAAAGAGACAGCGACGUCACCAAGAUGAAGUCCACGCUUCCUUUUGAAUUGUCUAUAGACUCCAGAGACGGAACAGGCAGAAAGCAGCGAAUGAAAGUUGUGUUGGAUGGCAUCGUUCAUGCGCUCAACUCUAGAAUGUAAACAAGUUUCAGCAGCCCCCCCCCCAACUUCCUUUACUAAUUGCACGAUUAAAUGGAGCCCACCCUUGAAUCCAAUCCACCCCUAUUCACCUCCUAAGAGUCAUUUUUAUCCACACCCUAAGUCAACUGUUUUGCUUUUACUUACCCAUCUCUCACUCUGGCAAGACAUGUUAUCUAAACUAAGGAAGACAACUUUGUUUUGAAACUCAUUGCAUAAGGCUGUAUUUUAUUUACCAUUUGAAAUUUGUUAGAAAAGAUGAUCAACAAUGCUCGGCAAUCCAAAAGCACUUAAAUAUCACGCUCUAUCGUUGCAUAAUGCAAUGCCAUUAAAAUGAUGUAUUGGGUAAUUGUCUCACCUUUAACAAGUUUGUCUGAUUAUGAUCUUUCUAUGUGUAUUCAUGGACAAUAAAGACACUAUCAAAAUAAUAACAUGCCGUUAAAACUGACUUGUUAUUUGCCUGUGAAUUGUUGUUUAACCCUUUGACCUCCACUGGUUACCAACACAGAAUUUCUCCUGACAAUGUUAAUACAAUAUCAAGCAGACAAGUGAAGAGAAUUAAGAAAAAGUCAAGCGGGGGAUUAGAAGUUGAUCCAAUACCAAAUUCUCUGAACUAGCAUCAUAAAAAUUGUGUGUCAGACAGUAAGGAGAAUUACUAUUGAGAUCUUGGGAAGGAAAUGGUCUAAAGCCGCUGAAAGGUUUUGUUUUCGCUUGAAUUUGAGCAUGAAUACAUCAGUUAAUAAGUUUGGGAACAAGAUACCUGUGUUUAAAAAACAAAAUAUUUCAAAGAAAGGGGAUUUUUGGUUUCAAAAGUAUUCAAUUUAAAGUGCAAUUUGAGCUGGAGUUUCAAAUAUGAGUUACUUAUGGUAAGCAGCUACUAUAAAGUGGUUACAGCAUCUGUAGGUUUUCAAAAGCUGUUCUGCUCUUCCUAAAAUUAGAUCAUGCCGAUUUUUAAUCAUAGUUUCACAUAGAAUUUGAGAAACUGAUUAAUAGCAUAUUGAGCCCCACUGUUCCAAAAUGCUUUCUAUCCCCUCAGCAAGUGGACCAAAAAAAUAUUAUCUUCAAGUCUUAACUCGAUAAAAAUUGUAGUUUUAGUAAUACACUUCCUGUACGAUCAGAUUAAAGCAUGUUUCACAGAUGACGCACUCCCCUUAGAAGUGCAUAG